UUACCGCUGCCCUGAUCAUUGCUACCCACGGGGGAGUGGGGCCGGGCAGGGGUGCGAAUAUAAAGAACCCGGAUGAGACAAAUCCAGCAUUCUUCUUGUUUUGAAGCGUUUACUGAAGACAGACUGAGACGGAUAAAGACUCACCUGCACAGCACUGCCAGGAUGAAAGCCGCCGCGUUUCUCGUUGUUUUGUCCGUCGCGCUCUUUCUCUGCUUCACCACUCUGGUGAGUGGGGGCCCUGUUCCUAAAAGGGGUGACAUGCCUGAUUGCAAGGCGUACACCCUGCCUGCCUGCACACGGGACUUUAACCCCGUCUGUACCACUGAUGGUGUCAUGUAUGCCAAUGAGUGCAUGCUGUGCCUGGCAAUCAUGGAUGGAGAAGAGAGAGCAUUCGUCAGAAUCAGGAAACGCAAAGAGUGCUGAGUGUUGGACUGCAGCUGCAAGAAACACAAGAAUGAAACGCAAGCGUGACUGCUGUCCUGUGACUGGUCCCGCCCGCCUUUUAAGUGUGUGUGUGUGUGUGUGUGUGUGUGUGUGUGUGUGUGUGUGUGUGUGUGUGUGUUUUGAAUGUAUUUUAAUAUGGAUGUUUAAUUUAAAUAAAGUAACCUGAAGUGUUGAUUUUAAA